AUGGAGCAAAGCAGCCCACACUCCGAAGACGCUGCGCAUCGGAAGAAGAUUCAGAAUCGCAUCGCGCAAAGAGCUUACCGUCAGAGACUGAAAUCGAAGAUGGAGACGCUCGAAAGCUUCCGAGAUACCGUAACGGCGGCAAAGUUGUCUGAAAUCACCGCGACCUCCUCAGAGGUGGACCACGACACCUCGCAUCGAAGCAUCCCUCAGAUCGUCAAGCAACUUCCAAUAGCAUCGUUCAACGUGCCGGUGCUUGAAGAAGCCUCAGGGUGUAACGAGUCUCUGUCCUACUUUGACAUUCCCACGGCAAUCACUCGACACGGCUUCCAGACACCGCCGAUCGACAGUGCCAAUACCUGCGAUCCGGACGGAGACCCGUUGCCCCUCUCUUCAUGGGAUCUCGGCGAGCAGUUCUCCCAUGCGCUAGGCCAGUCGUCAUAUCGCUCAUCCACAAGCCGAUCGCCGGGCUCGAAUCUGCUGAGUGAGGUAUGA